AUUAUACCCAAAAAACAUUAAUCUAUAAAUACCUGUACAGGUAAGUUGGAUUGGUGCUGACGAGUUACUGUACUACGCACAUUGAACUAAACAAAUGAAUUAAAACUGUACAUUACCGUCAAGAAGCGAGGAAAUAGAAAUGGACUGGUUUACACCAGUUUGUAACAAAGGUAUCAUAUAUUAGAAUUUGCUGGUCUUGUGUACUGGAUUUGGCAAACGUUUCAAGUAUUGCGUUACCCGUACGGAUGUACUCCGAGCGUCUAAAAUAUUUAGAACAUAAAUUAGUACAAGGCGGGUCUGUGUCAAAUUCCUUUUUGAAUGGGGAACCGGUAGAAAAUUUUCAGGAGUCCGUGGAUGUAAAGCCAGCUGUUCCUGAUAAUGACUUAAGUCCAGCCUUGGCUGGAAUAGGUAUUGGAGUUGCCAGCAUGUUCUUAGAGGUCUUAUUAUCACAUCCAUUCAUUGUAAUAAGAAAUCAGUGUCAAGUUGUGGAAUCAAGUCGAUGUCUUCAUUUAACCCCUUUCACCCUAAUACCUGUUGUUCGGAAGUGUAUACAAUCUCAAGGUCUAUCAUUUCUUUGGAAGGGGUUGGGGAGUGUGUUUAUCAUUCGUGGUUUAAACCUUAUGACUGAAAAUCUCGUUUGUGAACUUACACCACUACCCAAGGAGGUCUCCAAAUUGAGUUCGUCCAGACGCCUCCUAGGUCAUCUUCUUCUUAAAGUUUGUUCAUGGGUUGUUCUCACCCCAUUUUUCGCAGCAAGCAUCGUUGAACUUAUCCAGUCUGAUAAAGCUUCUGAACCAACCACCCUUCUUUCUUGUGUACUCGAUGGUUUUUAUCGCUUAUUUCACAUGCCGUCAUCCCCAAGAUUAGGCUCAGCAGGUUCAAUGUUUCGCAGUGGUCAUAUUAUCAAAAGCAUCCCGAUUGCGUCGUCACGUUUGCUGCCUGUUUGGCGUCUCUUUCCUCCUGUUGUUUUACUAAAUGUUGGUCAUUAUGUCGUUCGAUCGUUUGCAAACACUGUAGCUUUAUAUUAUUGGAGUGGUAAUGAGGAUCGUCUUGAACGAGAUGCGGAAAUAAACUUCAAUUAUAAGACUGAAGGUUUUAAUCGAAAUAAGUGUUCUCCUGGAUUUCCCACACCAAACAUACAUACAUCUAUUAGUGAGUGUCAUACAACGGAUAUGGAUACUUUAACUUACCAACGUCAGGACACCGCUUUACAGGCUAUCUAUGAUCGUUAUUAUGCCGACUUGUUCGCUGGGAUGACAGCUAAUUUUGUCGCAGAUGUUGUACUUUAUCCAGUAGAAACCCUAGUACUACGGUUAUGUGUUCAAGGCACUCGUACGCUGGUUGAUAAUAUGGAUACGGGUGAUGUAGUUGUUCCCAUUGUUUCUUCAUAUGAUGGAUUUUUUGAUGCACUUCGCUCUAGCUUGGGCUCGUCUGUUGGGAUUCUGGGUCUUUAUAAAGGUUUUGGUGCUCUUAUAGCUCAAUAUACCCUACAGGCACUGUUUAUUUUUGGGAUCCGUUGUUUGUAUGAACAUCUUCUUUGUCUUUGGGCUCCUCCACCUACUGAUAACAAAGUUUACUCAAAGUCAAGUUCCAGACCAAAUGUAUCUACCUCAUUUGAGGGCUUGGAGUCGGUUGCUGUUGGUGACUCUCCGUCUAUUGUUAAUAACUGCUAUUGCAAAAUAUAGCGGCUGGAAACAAUGAACCAUUGUAUGGUAUUCUACGUUACUGUCUGCCUAUUUGGUGCAUUAUGACAAUCUUUGUGCUCGCAUAAGUGUAAGUGUAAUUUCUACAUAUUUCAUCUCUAGAUGAUUAUCAUCAUAAGUACCCAUACGAAUUGGGAUGACAAAACAGAUAUUUGUAACUUUGAAUCUACUGCUUCUAAAUAGUCACAUAUUACUUUUGAUAUCCUCUCAUUUGAUUCAACUUGUAGUAUUAUAUAGGUGCAAGAAGAAUAUCUGAACCAAUUCAAAGUGUUUGUGGAUGUUUACGUUUCAGGUAUAACAUGUAAAUAUUUUGGAGAAACAUCUAGGUAUUUAAUUAAGUAAUCCUAGAUUAGCAUUCAAGCAAAUAGAUUAACACUAAUUGUUUUCAGGAAAAUUGCUUUAGAUUAAGUUCUCAUAGAGUUGUCACUGUUAAAUGAACGUUUGAAAUUGAAUCACAUUUCUUAUGUUUCACACUAUAAAAAAUUAUUAGAUGGUACGGCCGAGGGUGGGGAGAGUCAGGUCUCCUUCUCGAAAUGCUCUCACAUGGCCACGCGUGUACAGUCAGUGUCAGGGAAGUCCUACUCACUGCCUUCUUGCGGCGGGGGUGUUGUUUACGAGAAGACGAGACGCGAAUGUGCGGCGCUUUUACCGGGUUGGUGGAUAUUGAGCAUCCACCUAGGGAAGUUGGGAAACCCUGAUUCCAAACCAAUGAUGCACAUGAACUCCAGGAUCCUAAGGGAACAAGUGGCGUAUGAACCACUCAUCGGUCAUCGGCUACCAUGGGACGACUGCAUCUCCUAACGUUACUCCACUGCCUUGUGGAUCAGACCUUUAGGUCGAAACCACCUGCUUCGGUAUAUAUAUAAAUGAGAGAGAGCACUAAGUAGUUUUUGCGUAAAUUGCAAAAUAACCGGAACGAUAGGCCUAACUAAGAAUUUUAGUGAAUGUUUUAACAAGGCUUAAAUUCUUUUGUAUAUUGUAACUCACAAUUAGAUUUUUACUGGAAUUUGAUUUCUGUAAAUUCACAACUAAACCUUCCAACCAGUCAGUCAUACUCAACAUAGAACCUGGUACAUAUGUGCGUCAGUUCAAUUAGCCACGCCACAUAGACGCAGCGAGGUGCCGUAGUAACAUAGGUUCUAGAAAAAUUGUCCAUAAGCAUUAAGACUCGAGGAAAAAAUAUUUAAUCCCAACAAUGUGGUCUAAUGUCUUCAGUUACCUCUCACUACAAAAUACAAUAAUUUCUUCCGAAAUCAUCCUAACCAUAUAGUACACUAUAAUUGAUCGGUUCCAUACCAUUUUUCAGUCAAUUUUGUUUCACUCUUAGUAUAUGAUUUCCUAUCAAUAAUGACAAUUUUGAUUCUCUUAUCAUUUAAUGCAGAAAACAACUAUAAUAUUUAUGUGAAUGUGACUGAAAAAUUAAUUCAAGUACAACCAGAAUGCGUUUUUGAAGGUUUUCAAACUUAAGACAUCUGGUAAGUGACGGCUGUUUCAGAGGACAAUCUUCAUUACUCAUAAUGAUCAUCAUCUUAUUUACUCUUGGUGUUAUUCGGAUCAUAUUAUGCUUUGUCUUGGGAUUAGUAAUUGAGUCCAGGUUACUGAUAGCUACAGACCUAUUAUUUUCGAAGAGUAAUACUUACCAGCAACAGAUAACAUUUUUUGAGAAUAAUUAUAGAUUCAUGAUUUUUUAAGUCUUAGGUUUUGAAUUCUUAACUCCCUCUCUCUCUCCAAUUUCUCAUCCUGCUGCAGUAAAUCGUACUUUUCAUAUCAGUAGUUUGAUAUUGUGGUGGGUUAUUGGAUUUUCCGUCGUUCAAGGUUAAUUAUUAAGUAUAUUUACAAAUACUUUUGUAAUGAUAUUGAACUUAUUAGAUAUGGUAAAAUUUCUUUUGAAACAACCUGUCUUCUUUCUUAAGUUCGUAUCCGUUCAGCUGGUACAUCGAUGUGUGACCUACUCAUUCAGUCAUAAACUAUGGGAUCAUGUGUCUUUCCUCACUAUUCAAUCGCCCUUAUGCCCCAAUUUCGUCCCCAUCUUUAAACUAACUUAUCAAUAUCACAAGCUGAACGAGGUGAAUUUUCCAUUCUUUAUAAAAAGAGUAGCUGUUUUUAAAAAUAAUGUGAUCAUUGGGAGUCCACUGACUUGAAUAAAUUGACAAGAUAUAAUUUAAAUGGAAGUUAUUGAUUUUAGCGUAGUGUACUCAUCAGUAAUCAUCAUUAUGAUUUCCCAUUAAUUACUGACGUAUUGUUCUAGACUUUAUAGGCACUGUCAGUGCACUUGUUAAAUCUUAAGUCUUCUUAAAUAACAAUCUCACUUAUUCAACUACCCUCAUUCACCGAAUUCAUUCCGUAUAAAUUUAGACGUUUACUGACGAUAAACAAAUAUUUACAACGUGGUUAUAAUGUGCUGAUAGAUCCAUAGACGCUUUGAUUCUAAUGAUUACAACAUCGAAAUGUCAAUAACAAAAGUGAGAAGCUUAUCCCCUGAGAUCAGUCAAUAAAUUUAGGAAAGUAUGAAUUCUGAAGAAUAAUUAUGACGCAAUGUAAUAUCCCAUAAAACCAAAAGUCAACAAUCGUUAUGUACGUUUUUUUCAUCGCUUUUAUCUCCCAUUUGUUUUUGAUCACUUAGGUUGCGUUGUUUUAGGAAACCCACUUCUUACUUUAUCUGUCAGGAUGACCAGUUUGUGCAUAAAAAUAACAUACUCAUUGAGUAAAAAAUCGCCUGUCAUUUGUUCUUCCGACUGUUAUGGGUUACUAAUCAUUCUAGGAUGACGAAAUUUGUCUCAACUAAGAAAAUGUUCAUUGUUUUUUUUCUGUAACACAUUAUCACUGCAGUAUUAUCUGUAGUUUUUUGACUGACAUCGAGCCGUAGAAUAAUUACAUCAAACAAAGAAAACGGAUAGUUUGCCAGUGAUAUGUGCUUAUUGUUAUAUUUUAUGCUCUGUUAAUUAUAUCGAGAUACGAUUGUCAACUAGAGAACAGUGACUUAUCGACCGAACCAAUAACGCCUAGAGUUCUUAUUGAUCCUUUUUCUGCCUAGCAUUGCCUGUUGAGUCCAGAACGCAAAUAUCAACCUCCGUUAUGUGAAUCAUAUACUUGGUUUACAUUCAAACCAACCAGACCGCAUCAUACCAUGAAAUAGGAAGUAAUAAUUAUAUUUUUCGAUAAUGCAAUGAGAAGACGAAUUUUAUCAGAAUUAUGUGAUAUAUUUGCGCAAUACAUUUCGAACAAUCUGGUCACACAUAAUUAUUAAAACAUUUUUAUAUGAAAAUCAAAUGAUCAACUAGACAGGUUAAAGGUGAGCUGU